UCAGCGGCUGAAACCCAGCUGCUGCGCAGAAAGGCAGCGACAUACUAAGAGACGGGGCUGUUGGGGCACAAUGACAAGAUGGAUGAUGAUGCCUAUCUUCUUCCUGCUGACCGGCUCCGUUUUCACACAGGAUGAGACCAUUCCUAUUUAUAUCGGGACGCAAGAAAAACACAUUGUGCUGAAUGGAUCGGAUAUUCCCUUUGAUGGCGUUGGUGUCUGGGAAUGGAGCCCACACCGGGACAAUCUCAGCUCGAAAACACUGGUCAAAGUGAAGGCUAACGUGGACGGCUGGACAGCAGAGUGGCUCAGUGAAGACUAUGCAUUCUGGUUUCAUCGGAUCAACGACUCCCGUCAUCUAACCAUUAAAAAAGCUGCUUUUGAAGCUGCCGGCCUGUUCACCUUCAGACAGACGGCACCCGAGGGGAAAAUACUGAAACAGUAUGAAAUAUUUAUCACCGAAGUGAAGCAAGAUCCUCGCUAUCAAUGGCUGGGCAGUGACGUCACCCUCAGCUGUAUCAUAUCCAGGCUCCCUGACACUGUCAGUCUUCAGUGGACUGAGAAAAAUUCAUCCCACAACAGAAUAAACAAUAUGGGCCAGAUCCAGUUGAAUAACACAAUCUACCUAAUGGUCCGCAAUGUCAAGAAACAGGAUGAGAAACAAUAUGCUUGUGAAAUACAAGAACAUGGAAGAACAGUUCUCACAGUCGAUAUCGAAUUGUACAUCAGCUUAUCAAACUAUGGGAAAGAGUACACACAUUUCUGGCCAAUUUUUGGUAACAAUUCGCUCUACCUGAACUGUAAAACUGAGAACCGUAAUCAAUCAACAUGGUACUGGAAGAAAUACAAUCAUGAAAAGAGAACUAGGGUGAUGUCUUCUGAUGACAAAGGACAAAGGGACUCCACACUUACCCCAGAAUUUUGGAAUCGAAUCAGGCUGCAAGAGUUUGAUGGGAUGAGCUUUCCUUUGCAGAUCUGCCCUGCAGAAUUUGAAGAUGCAGGCAAUUACACAUGUACUGUGGAAACGCUGGAAUUUUUAACAGUGGAACUGAUAACCACAAAAAUGACAGUGAUUCCAUCGCACCCUGUGGUUGAAGGAGACGAUGUUACCCUUACCUGCUCCAUUUCACACAUCAGAGAAGCAACACGGCUCAUUUGGAUGGAAACUGGCAGGAAGAGUUUUGUUAAAGAAAAGACAUUUAACCCCCCAGAAAAAGGUAACAUCAGCCUGUCAGUGUUCAUUCAGAAGGUUGGACAACAUAACAGAAAAUGGACCUGUCUUGUGUUUAGUCGAGAAGUGCCAAGAAUUUUUAUCACAAUCCAGCUAGAGAUUAAUGAGAAAAGUGAAGCUGCUUAUUUGAAGUUGAUUGUUAUACCUGUGGUCCUGGUGCUACUGUGCCUCAUUGCAGUAAUGAUAACCUACCACAGGAGGGUGCAUAAACCAGUUGAGAACGUUCAAAGGGAACCAGUUCAAAGGAAACCAUGCACUGCAGAAAUUGAAUAUGCUGCUGUCAGUUUUCAAAACCGACCAGUCAAUGAAAAUCAAAGGCAACCUGAAGAUUAUCAGAAAACCUCAGACUCAGAACCAUACCAAAAUGAAAUUCAUUAUGCUGUUAUCAGAUUUCAAAAGAGAUCAGAUCUUAUCCUCAAUGAGCAAUCCAAACUGCAUUCUGCAGACACAAGUCAACAUGUUCAGAUGGAGAUGGGUCAUCUGCAAUCUUUGGCACCAUAACUCAAAAGAACAUCUGAGUUUGGAGAAGCAAAACCUGCAGAUGAUGAAAAUGUGAAAUAAAAGCAAAAAACGUGGGACAGACACAGCAAGCUAGACCACAUCUUUGGAAAAAUAUUGCAUUAUGGUUUGAAUAAUCUGAGGAAAAAUAUAGUUGGAAGAAACAAGGACAUUUUUUGCUAUAGAAUGAAUUAUUACAUAAUCCUGUUGCGAUCAAUUCAGUUUGUGUUACAUAUCAGAAAGUAAUGGAAUAUCUAAGCCAAUCAAGGAAACAUAACUCCCAAAUCAAGAUGUGUUCUCCAGGUAAUAAGGAUCAAAGUGUUGUGGCAAAUAUCAUCUAGAUCAUGAAUGGCAAAGGAAUAUAAGAACUGAGGAGGUCUGUUCUGUCAUUCAAACCUGUAUAUCUAUUCAAAUAAA